CACCGUUACUGCAUCGCAUACAACAGCGAGCUGCGGGCGCGGUUCGACGCGGUAUAAAGCGAUAGCAUAAGGCGAAAAUCACGCGUAGGACAGAGCGACCGACAUGUCUCUUCAGGUCAAUCUCUCCAGCAAGGACCUUUACCAAGCGUAUCAAGACGUCCUCAACUCAAAAGGGAUAGACUGGGCCAUCUUCACUUAUGACAAGGGCACGAAUGACCUGAAAGUGCAAGCGACAGGCGAUGGCGGUCUGGAGGAGUUGCAGGAGGAGUUCUCCGAUGGCAGGAUGCAGUACGCUUUCGCCAGGGUCAUAGAUCCAAAUAGCAAGCUUCCAAAAUUCGUGCAGAUCAAUUGGUGUGGUGAAGGUGUACCGGUAGCUAAGAAGGGUCUAUUCCAUACGCACUCUAGCUCUGUGGCCAACUUCCUGCGCGGGACCCAUGUUGUUAUCAACGCGCGUAAUGAAGCUGAUGUCGAGCCUGCGCUCAUCAUGUCUCGUGUCGAAGCUGCCUCGGGGGCCAAAUACUCCGUCCAGAACGAGAAAGCCCGGAAGUUAGAGCCCAUCGGCCCCGUCGGUACCAACUACAUGCCAGUAGGGCGGCCCGACAUCGCCGCCAUCCGCAAGGGCGCUCCUGCCUCCAGCGCGCCGGCCCCUGCUGCGAGUAAACCCAGCCUUCCUAGUACUGCGCGACCCGUUCCCAGUGCACCGCGCGCGGUUCCCCCAGCCCCUAACGUCGUGAAGGCUCCAGAGGAUGACUGGGAGCCUGCCAAGCCGGCCGCUGCAGCGGCGCCCCCGCCCCCUCCAGCUGCGACGCGACCACCUGCUGUAUCCAGUGCUCCCCGUCCCACUCCUUCUUCACCUCCCCCGGUAACCUCAUCCAACGUGCCGACCAAGCCCGCCGAGGAAGAUCGCAUCGCACCCGUCGGCACUGCCUACACCCCCAUCAAACUCGCGCCAAAGAAGCUCAAGAACCCCUUCGAGGCGAUGCAGGCCAAGGCGAUGGAGGAGCAGCAGAAGCAGAACUACCAACGCGCUGCCCCCACCCCGAGCGGCGGCAAGAAGCUCACGUGGAGCGAGCGGCAGGCAAUGGCGAAGAAGCAGGCGCAGGAGGAGGAGGUACGGAGCAAGGCCGCGGGAUGGCAUCCCUCCGCCGCUGCAAGCCCCGCAACGGUGGCGGCAGCCGUUGGGGGUGUCGGCGCGGGGGCGCUGGGCGCGGCCAUCCUGAGCAAGGAGGAGGAGGAACAGGACGAGUGGGAAGCUCCCCCGCCGCCUCCGCAUCCGCCAGCUGCUACGAGGCCUCCACCACCUCCUGCCGCACCUCAGCCAGAACCCGAGCCGGAAGUUGAGGAAGCUGCUCCUCCGCCACCCCCUCCCCCACCGCCACCGCCUCCAGCCCCUGCACCUCCAGUGGCUCAGAUGGCCGCCCUCAGUGUCGAACCUGAGCCUGAGCCGGAACCCGAACCUGAGCCAGAGCCAGAGCCAGCGGCGGUGGAAGAGCCCGCCCCAGCGCCCCCUCACAGUAGUCAGCGCGGUCAAGGUAUCUGUGCUGUGGUCCUGUACGACUACGAGGCUACGGAGGACAACGAAAUGAACUUGACCGAAGGUGAGAUGAUUGAGCAGAUUGAACAAAUCGACGAGGGAUGGUGGGCUGGCGUGGGGGAUGGCGGGUCGAAGAGCGGGUUAUUCCCCGCCAAUUAUGUAGAGAUUAUUGAGCAGCCAGAAGAAGCUGCUGAAGAGGAAGCAGCGGCGCCCCCGCCACCGCCCCCGCCGCCUCCGCCUCCGCCUCCUCCUCCUCCUGCGCCUGCUGCCCCGGCCGAGCCGCCUAGGCCGCCCACGCCUGAGGUUGAGCCCCAACCGGGGCCGGCAGCGGCCGACGCAGGUGUCGUGGCCAUUGCCCUAUACGACUACGAAGCUGCUGAGGAUAACGAACUUUCGUUCAGAGAGGGCGAUCGCAUCACGGAAAUCGAAGCCGCUUCCGAGGAUUGGUGGCAGGGGAGGGAUCAGCAUGGGAAUGUCGGCUUGUUCCCUGCGAACUAUGUGGAGGUACAGGAGUAG